AUGGGAAUUCCCAUAACUAGCAAUGUCGCUGAUGCCUGCACUGCUUUAGGUUGGAGGGUUCCUUCCCACCGUGUUAGACAUCAGAGAGUUGCAGAAGCCCGCGACAGUAUGAUUGCUCACCCUCUUCCCAACCUAGCUCAAGGUCCUGAUGUUUUCUCUUGGGUCGUUCCAGGCUCUACGUCCCCGGGCUUCUCUUCUGGGUUAACUUGGGAGCAUCUUCGUCAAAAGUUUCCCAAACUCUCAUGGACUCGUUCUGUUUGGUUUAAAGGCUGCAUUCCCAAGCAUGCCUUUACUUUCUGGGUGGCUCAUCUGGAUAGGCUUCAUGUCAGACAGAGACUUGUCACUUGGGGCAUUGAUGUUCCUGACACAUGCGUUCUGUGUAACCGGUUCUCUGAAUCAAGAGAGCAUCUGUUCCUGGAGUGCGAGUACAGCAAAAAUAUUUGGAGCAAGUUGUUUACGAAGCUGGGAGAGCCUCGUACGCGGAUGCGAAACUGGUCAGCUUUGAUCCAUUGGUUACAGGCUGCAAGGGGAAAACGACUUUUCACCAUUAAGCAUAUUGCUACUCAGGCCAUAGUUUAUCUGAUAUGGAGGGAAAGGAACUCAAGAUUACAUGCUGGGAACCCGCUACCCCACUCGGUCGUGUUCAAACAGCUAGAUAGAUGCGUAAGGGACAUCGCUCUCGCUCGCAGGGACAUGAAAAGAUUCCAGACUAUGCUAUCCAUCUGGUUUAGAUAUGACUAA